GCGGACACGUCAUCUACGGGCGCCCACCCUGACGGAGCCAGAGAGUAAGACAGCAGGACUUGCGGCGGCGGCGGCCAAGCUGAGACGGUCGUAGCGGCGACAGCGACUGCAGCAGCAAGAAUGGCCGGGGCGGGGCCAGCCCCGGGACUCCCGGGUGCAGGAGGACCUGUGGUCCCGGGCCCUGGUGCCGGCAUCCCGGGCAAGAGCGGCGAGGAACGCUUGAAGGAAAUGGAGGCGGAGAUGGCCCUGUUUGAGCAGGAAGUUCUAGGGGCUCCAGUAACCGGAAUCCCAACUGCUGUGCCUGCGGUGCCCACGGUCCCCACAGUAGACGCGAUGCAGGUCCCGGCAGCUCCCGUGAUCCGCCCGAUUAUUGCAACCAACACAUACCAACAGGUCCAGCAGACUCUGGAGGCCCGGGCAGCUGCUGCAGCCACAGUAGUGCCUCCCAUGGUGGGUGGUCCUCCUUUCGUGGGCCCAGUUGGCUUUGGCCCUGCUGAUCGGAGUCACCUGGACAGUCCAGAGGCUCGCGAAGCCAUGUUCCUGCGGCGAGCAGAAUACAAGCUUUGUGAAGGGCAGAACUCUUGGGUCCUACCACAAACUGUGGCCCCUCAGAGGGCCGCUAUCCUGCGUCCAGCCUUCGUCCCUCACGUGCUACAGAGAGCAGAUUCUCUUCUUUCUUCUGCAGCAGGUGCUCCCCGGCCUAUGGCCCUACGGCCCCCACACCAGGCCCUCGUGGGACCCCCUCUGCCUGGGCCCCCUGGACCACCCAUGAUGCUGCCACCAAUGGCUCGGGCCCCUGGGCCGCCCCUGAGCUCCAUGGCUGCUCUGAGGCCUACCCUGGAAGAGCCAGCAGCUCCGCGAGAGCUGGGCCUGGGCCUGGGGCUGGGGCUGAAAGAGAAGGAGGAGGCAGUGGUGGCGGCAGCAGCUGGGCUGGAGGAAGCAAGUGCUGCGGUGGCUGUGGGAGCAGGCGGUGCUCCGGCUGGCCCUGCAGUCAUUGGCCCCAGCCUGCCACUGGCCCUGGCCAUGCCAUUGCCUGAGCCCGAGCCCCUGCCCCUCCCCCUGGAGGUAGUACGGGGCCUGCUGCCCCCACUGCGCAUUCCUGAGCUCCUGUCCCUUCGGCCACGACCCCGGCCCCCUCGACCUGAGCCACCUCCUGGCCUCAUGGCUCUCGAGGUGCCAGAGCCCAUGGGUGAAGACAAGAAGAAAGGGAAACCAGAGAAAUUGAAACGUUGCAUUCGCACAGCAGCUGGAAGCAGCUGGGAAGACCCUAGCCUGUUGGAGUGGGAUGCUGAUGACUUCCGAAUCUUCUGUGGAGAUCUGGGCAAUGAGGUGAAUGAUGACAUCUUGGCACGCGCCUUCAGCCGCUUCCCAUCCUUCCUUAAGGCUAAAGUGAUCCGUGACAAGCGCACGGGCAAGACCAAGGGCUAUGGCUUCGUCAGCUUCAAGGACCCCAGCGACUACGUGCGCGCCAUGCGGGAGAUGAACGGGAAGUACGUGGGCUCUCGCCCCAUCAAGCUCCGCAAGAGCAUGUGGAAGGACCGGAACUUGGACGUAGUCCGAAAGAAGCAGAAAGAAAAGAAGAAGUUGGGCCUGAGAUAGGGUCUGUGGCUGGGCACCCGCUCCCACCCGGCCGGGCGCUGGCUUCUCCCCAUAGAUAUCUUUGGAAAACCCUCAACUGCCCACCCACCUACCCCAAAAAAGUUUCAAUAAAUUUACAUUCAUUUCCAUCC